UGUUUGUCCGCCACGGCCUCCCUCGCUUGGCUCUGGCUGGGUAGCGUAGACGCGGGGAGGGUAUGGUGUAGUAGGCGAGGAGCCGUGAAACCACUCCAAGGGAAUGUAAAACUUUAGGACUGAAAUCACCCAGAAGACACCGUGUCUGCUUGCCUAAAGACUUGACGUAUUACCUGGUUUCUCAUGGAAGCAGAUGGAUUUGUGAGGAGGCGUCGGAUGACAGCGGAGACUACAGGCAAUGAUCCCGGGGUUGCUGGUGCAUCUGCCGGGGCAGAAGUUCGAUGGCUUGGGGGCAGAUUCUGGGGAGUUUCGGAAAGUAUUGUGGGGAGCCUGACACCCCGGAUCGGAGGAGAAACGGAGCUACAGACUGUUGGGUUUAUCCGUGGUGCACAAGGUGCACAAACAGAGGACUCUGAACCAGACUAUGAGGGUUUGCCACAGGGAGCCUCCACUAGCACCCACAUGUUGGCUGGAGCCGUGGCUGGGAUCAUGGAGCACUGCCUCAUGUUCCCCAUCGACUGCGUCAAGACACGAAUGCAGAGCCUCCAGCCCGACCCUGCAGCCCGCUACAGAAAUGUGAUGGAUGCUCUUCGCCGAAUUGUAGCCACAGAGGGAGUCUGGCGGCCAAUGAGAGGGCUGAAUGCAACAGCAAUUGGGGCGGGACCUGCCCAUGCCCUCUAUUUUGCCUGCUAUGAGAAACUCAAAAAGACUCUAAGUGAUGUCAUUCACCCAGGGGCUAACAGUCAUUUGGCUAAUGGAACAGCUGGGUGUGUGGCCACACUGCUUCAUGACGCAGUCAUGAACCCGGCUGAAGUUGUGAAGCAGCGCAUGCAGAUGUAUAAUUCACCCUACCGCGGCGUGUUGGACUGUGUACGCGCUGUGUGGCAGAAAGAGGGCCCUGCUGCGUUCUACCGCAGCUACACCACCCAGCUCACCAUGAACGUGCCCUUCCAGGCGCUCCACUUCAUGACCUACGAGUACCUUCAGGAGCUGCUCAACCCCCACAGACAAUAUAAUCCCUCGUCCCACAUGCUGUCCGGAGCUUUGGCCGGAGCCAUCGCGGCCGCGGCCACCACACCUCUGGACGUCUGCAAGACCCUGCUCAACACCCAGGAGUCUGUAACCCUCGGCUCCCUGUCCUCCGGCCAAGGCCCCGGCCAGGGCCAGGGCCAAGGAGCCCACAGACACAUCUCAGGCCUAGCCCAUGCCUUCCGGACAGUUUACAGGUUGGGCGGCCUGCAGGGCUUCUUUAAGGGAGUACAAGCGAGGGUCAUCUACCAGAUGCCCUCCACAGCCAUCAGCUGGUCGGUCUAUGAGUUCUUCAAGUAUGGACUCACCAAGCACCAGCACAACAAGAGGAGAACGCAGCACAUUGAGGCUUAGAUGUAGAUGUCUCCGUGGUUUAAUCUCCUCUAAUAUUGCUCUGCCCUAGCUGUGAGGAGAAGAUGAAGUCAAUACGCACAUAGAAUCUGACUAAAACCCACCUCAGUUGUCCCGCCCCUUUCAGACAUAGCAGAUAAGAAAGACAUCUUCAGAGACACUUUGAGUAGUUAUAUUUCUGCUACACUAUUUCAAGAGUUUUGUUUCUCUCAUUGUUUUACACAGUUCCAUAGAAGUAGUUAAUCUGGAGAUUUUUUAAAGCCAUCCUAGUGACCAAUACAUUUGUCUAAACUGAGGAUAAAUAUGAAGAGCGCACAAGUUUUCAGUUGGAAAGGUAGUCAGCAGGGGGCAGUAGUGUUACUUUGUUAACUCUUGUAGUUUCAUAAGUUUUGCUGUUCUAGAACCAGAUUUUCUUUUCUCCCUUUUCCGUUUGCAGAUAAAACAUAUAACUGACUCCUAACUGAGACCCAUUUCUGGAUUUAUGAAUAAAACUUUUUUUUUAAUAUCUAACAACAGACAUGUCUUAGUAAUCCUGGACAAGGUUGUGUUGGUGUCUAGUUUGGGCUUCACACAGGCAUUCAGCUCUUAAUAAAAAAUGAUCCAAUUUAGAAAUAUUUCAGCCAUUUAGAAUCAAAGCAAAUGAACACUAAGCUGAGAACAUUUUGUUAAUCAAACACAUUGAUUUCCUGGCAUGGAUCAGUACCCAGAUACCUUUGUAGAAGUGUAAGGGAGCCCUGCCAACGUGGCAAGUCAAGUAAUCAAGAGCAAAAUUUCAGAUCAUCUUUAAUAUCUUGAAUAAUUUAACAGUGUAAUUUCAAAUGUAGUGAUACUUUAAUUAAUACAACAAAUACAACAGAUCAGAUUUGGGUUUCCGUACUGCUGGUGUUAUGUAGUAUUUUUCAAAUAUUGAUGUGAAAGGUUGGUCCCUAUCAUGUAAUUGGACAGAUAAAUACCAGUUUACAGCAGCUCUGAGGUAUCUGAAGUGUGUGUUUAAUUUGUUUUUAAUAACUGUGAUUCCUUAAAUGGUAUUUUUUUUUCAACAGAUACAUUUGAACUUUUAUUUUAUUUUUCCCCAUUUGUUUGUCCAACUCUUGGAUCAUCCAAAUACUCACCAUUAAUGCCUUGUGUACCUGUUUGGCGGAGCAGUCCAGGGCAGCACUAAGAUGGCCACAUCUGUGCAUGAACAGCAGUCACCAGCCUGUGAACUACUGAGGUUCAGUAUCUGUGCUUGACAGAAAAGGCUGUCUACACUGCACUGUGCCCAAAUGAAGAAUUUAUUCAGAAUAUCAAGGAAUUCAGUAUCCCACACGAUAUGUAUCUGUGCCCCCAUCGAGUACACAUGAGUGGAAGCUGUCAUUCUUAUUGAUUGAUGUCUGAUUGUUUCCGACACUGAAUUGCACUCGUUGAAUAAAGACUGAGCAGCGGGGCUCAACUCACUGCUCAUAAAUGA